CUUUGCCUACUCUCGCGAUAACUCAUCAGUUUUCGCGAAGCAGUAUGGCAGCCGUCUCGCUGAGGUCCUGCCGCAGAGGACUUUCACAAAUUUUAAGAAAUGGAGGUGUCGCGGCGUCACCUACAGCGCGGCUACAAGGAGACAGGAGACACAAAUCUUCAGUUCAGUUCGCCUCCCGACCAGAGCUCCCUAAGCUGGCCUACAGAAGGGUGAAGGGAAAGAGUCCUGGGGUGGUUUACCUGCCGGGGUAUGGCUCCCACAUGAACGGACAGAAGGCUGAGGCUCUGGAGGAAUUCUGCAGGUCGUUAGGUCACUCAUGUCUCAGGUUUGACUACACGGGGCAUGGAGCCUCAGAAGGGGUGUUAGCAGAAGGAACUAUUGGCACCUGGAAGAAAGAUGUUCUCUUUGUGUUGGACGAGUUAACAGAGGGGCCACAGAUAUUGGUGGGAUCCAGCAUGGGCGGUUGGCUUAUGCUGUUGGCAGCCAUUGCAAGACCAGAAAAGACAGCAGCCCUGGUCGGCAUCUCCACUGCUGCUGAUCAUUUUGUCACAGCGUACAACUCUCUUCCACUAGAGACCCGCAAGGAGUUUGAGGCCAAAGGGGAGUGGACACUGCCAUCCAAACACUCCGAAGAGGGUUUUUACAAGUUUAGCUUGGACUUUCUGCAUGAGGCUGAAAAUCACUGUGUUCUCCAAAGCCCCAUCCCCAUCACCUGCCCCGUUCGGCUCCUCCACGGUCUUAAAGAUGAGGAUGUCCCCUGGCACAUCUCCAUGCAGGUGGCGGAGCGUGUCCUGAGCCCUGACGUGGAUAUCAUCCUGAGGCGACACGGCCAGCACCGUAUGUCGGAGAAAGAUGACAUCAAGCUUAUGGUCUACACUAUCGAUGAUCUCAUAGACAAGCUGACCACUUCGGUUUGAGGAAGAAGACGACAUGGUCUUGACAAAAAAAUUAAGACUGGGAAGUUAGUCCUUAAAGAAAUUACCAAACAACGGCAUGUUUCUUUGCCAAAUAUGACCUUUGAUGCAUCUGUUUUGUUUCCCUUUUUCAGUAAUAAUUUACAUGUUAUCAUGGUAAAGUGCAAGUUAUAUUGAAAGGUUGUAUUUGUUUGUUUUAGGUUAUUGUUACCUCUGUCAACCAGUCUUAGGUCUGCCAUCAUCGUUCCCACUCUCCAGCUGUUGUCCUCAAAGUAGACUCACAAAAGUUUUCCUGUGCCUUUUUAUUCGCUUUUUGCCCGUUUUUGACCAAAUAAAACCUCUGCACACUAGAA